AGCUGGUCUCAGGAGGUCGCGUGAAAAUUCGCAGCGGGACAGAAACUGUCGGGUGACCGAGAGGGAUGGAGCCGGCUGGUGGUUUUGAUAGGAGAGCUUCACAAAACCCGGUGUAAGCCCCAAACCCCCAUUUCACAGAAGGGGAGGAUUUGCAGGUGGGAAACUGAAACCAAACAUCAUACCAGAGUCACUCAAUUCAUCAGGACCUGAAGAUCAUCGGCUUUCGAACAUGGAAGCAAAAAGUACCGUUCACACUGGGGCAAAACAGUGUAAAUGUGAGGACUGUGGGAAGAGAUUCAAUUACCCAUCUGAGCUGGAAAUUCAUCGGCGCAGUCACACUGGGGAGAGACCUUUCACCUGCUCUAUGUGUGGGAAGGGAUUCACUAGUUUCUCUUCCCUGCAGAAACACCAGCCGGUUCACACUGACGAGAGACCUUUUAAAUGCACUGACUGUGGAAAGAGCUUUAAAAGCCUAAAUGUACUAAGGAUGCACCAGCGCAUUCACACUGGGGGCAGGCCAUUCAGUUGCUCACAGUGUGGGAAGAGGUUCAGGGUAUCAUCUGAGCUGUUGAUGCACCAGCGAGUUCAUACUGACGAGAGACCUUUCAAAUGUGCAGACUGUGAGAAGUGCUAUAAAAGGUCAGAGGAACUGCGGCGCCAUCAACGUGUUCACACUGAUGAGAGACCGUUCAGAUGUUCUCAAUGUGGGACUGGGUUCAGGCGAUCAGCUGAUCUUAUUCGACAUCAGCGCAUUCACACUGGGGAGAAGCCUUUCACCUGCUCUGAAUGUGGGAAAGGAUUCACUCAGUUAUCCCAUCAGCUAAGGCACCAGCGAGUUCACACUGAAGAGAGACCUUUUAAAUGUCCAGAUUGUGGGAAGUGCUUUAAAAGUCCUGAGGAACUGCGGUACCAUCAACGUGUUCACACUGACAAGAGACCAUUCAGAUGCUCUCACUGUGGGACUGGGUUCAAGCAAUCAGGUGACCUCACUGUACACCAGCGCAUUCACACUGGGGAGAGGCCGUUCAUCUGCUCUGAGUGUGAGAAGGGAUUCACUUGUCUAUCCAACCUUAUGAGACAUCGGCAAGUUCAUUAAUGACAGCAGGGGUUAGAUUCUGCUGUUAUUGCUGCUGUUAAUCAAGACUGUGACUGUACUGUGUUUAUUCUGAUAGCUGGGAUUUAUUCCUGAGGUCAUUUACCCUUCCCAUUAGACUUAGCCUGUACCCUAUACCAUCUCUCAUCCAUGCGUGAAUAGAUUAUUAUGUCUGCAAGCCUUUUUUAAAAUUUAAAUCCAUUCAUAAACUGUAUUGAACUAAAGACGAACAACAAACAGAUCACCGUCCAAUCCUGCAGCUCUAUGUUGACAUGAGAAAGUCUUUUCUGUAACUCAAGAAUGAGAUUCGGUAAGCUGUGAAUCACAAGUAGGCUUGUGUCAUUUGAGAGAUGGGCUGUUCAAAGCUGUUAACUUGUUAGAUAUUUAAGGAAUUACUCUGAAAGAAAACUCACCAAUUUAUAACCUCAGAACCUGCUCCCUGCUGUAAUUAAUACGCAGCAUCCAUUUGUGCUGAUUUUCAGUGAAUCACUGAAUAUCCUGUUGAAUCUUUGUUCCUUGUUUUGUGAAAUAGCUCUCCCCAUUAGUGAUGAACUGCCAGAUAACUCUGAUUACAUUUAGACAUGUCUAGAAAGGGUCUGUGUGCCCACAUUUCACUGUAAUUUGUAAACAAUAAACAAUGUUUAUGGCUUGACUUGUAGUCUGGUAUCCGGG